UUCCAGAAGUGAAAGUGUUUCUCUUUCAGCCUCGACGGCAUUUCGUUGCUGCUGGAAAAAUAAAGAAAAAACUGCAACAGCAGGUCGAAACGGGGACAUUAAUGUCCCCCAGCAUGGAGUGCUGAGUAAAAGAGUGAAAUUCCUUCCAGCAGAAGAGAUCCGCGUCUUCAGGAAUCAGCAGUGAGUCCAUGAGCUGUGUGUCCAUACACUAAUAUUCAAAAAUGGAGAGCCGGGAUCUGGACACAGAUAAUGUGACCCCACCCUCAGAAAACCGUAAAGUCCAGAUGAAGAGAUCAGACUCACCAGAACCCAGCUGUGUCUCCAUGAAGAGCGAUGAGUCUAUGGAUGUUCCCUGGAACUUUAAAACUGGAAACCCGUCACCUGGACACAGUGAAGUCCAGAUGAAGAGAUCAGACUCACCAGAACCCAGCUGUGUCUCCAUGAAGAGCGAUGAGUCUAUGGAUGUUCCCUGGAACUUUAAAACUGGAAACCCGUCACCUGGACACAGUGUAAAGCAAAAACAAAAGAGCUGGCCUUGCUGUUCCAGUACUUUUGGAGGGGCCUGUCGGAAGAAGGAAAAAAAAACUAGAAGCCUAAAAUUAAAACAGGGACAGAUUUUUCUCCAGAAGGCAGGAGACAGAAGAGAAAAGAUCUUCAUCACAGAUACAGGACACGCCCCAGAAUCUCCUGCUGUAAAUGAAUUCCAGAAAAAGUUCAGAUUAAAUCUGAUGAAGAAGUUUCAGUGUUUAAAUGGAGUGAUGAUGAAGCUGGGAACGCGAGCGCUCCUGAAUGAGAUCUACACCGAGCUCUACAUCACAGAGGGAGACAGUGGAGACGUCAAUAAAGAACAUGAGGUGAGACGGAUUGAGGCAGCGUCCAGGAGAAAAGCAACAGAGGAAACACCAAUCAAAUGCAGCGACAUCUUUAAGCCCUUAUCUGAAGAAGACGAACCCAUCAGAACUGUAGUGACAAAGGGCGUGGCUGGUAUCGGAAAAACAGUCUCUGUGCAGAAGUUCAUUGUGGACUGGGCUGAAGGGAAAGCAAAUCAGGACGUCCCCCUCAUAUUUCCACUUCCUUUCAGAGAGCUGAAUCUGAUGAAGGACCAAAACCUGAGUCUGAUGGAGCUCCUUCAUGUCUGCUUUAAGGAAACCAGAGAAACAGAAAUGUCCAGGUUGGAAAAGGUUCUGUUCAUUUUUGAUGGAUUGGAUGAGUGUCGUUUCCCUCUGGAUUUCCGGAACACAGUGAGAGUGUGUGAUGUAACUGAAUCAGCAUCGGUGCGUGUGCUGCUGAUAAACCUGAUCAAAGGGAAUCUGCUUCCCUCUGCUCUCGUCUGGAUCACCUCCCGACCAGCAGCAGCUGAUCAAAUCCCCUCCGAGUACGUCCAUCGAGUCACAGAGGUACGAGGGUUCAAUGACCCCCAGAAGGAGGAGUACUUCAGGAAUAGGGUCAGUGAUCAGAGCCUGGCCGAGAACAUCGUCACACACCUGAAGUCAUUAAGAAGCCUGUACAUCAUGUGUCACAUCCCAGUCUUCUGCUGGAUUUCAGCUGCUGUCCUCGAGAGAAUGUUGGGUGAAGCAGAGAGUGGAGAGAUCCCCAAGACUCUGACUCAAAUGUACACACACUUCCUCAUCAUUCAGACAAACGUCAUCAGAGAAAAAUACUCAAAGAAGCAGGAGAGUGAUGAAGAAAUGCUGCUCAAACUGGGACAACUGGCUUUUGAGCAGCUGGAGAAAGGCAACCUGAUCUUCUAUGAGGAAGACCUGCGAGGGUGUGGCAUUGAUGUGACAGAAGCAGCAGUGUACUCAGGUGUGUGUACGCAGAUCUUCAGAGAGGAGCCUGGGCUUCACCAGAGUAAAGUGUACUGCUUUGUUCAUCUGAGCAUUCAGGAGCAUCUCGCAGCUCUGUAUGUACAUCUGACCUUCAUGAAGGAAAAGAGAAAUGUUCUUGAUCAGAGUCGGUCCUUUAAGACAAUUUCAGAUUUACACAGGAGGGCUGUAGAUCAGACGUUAAAAUCUACGACUGGACAUCUGGAUCUGUUCCUCCGCUUUCUUCUGGGUCUCUCACUGGAGUCCAAUCAGAAACUCUUAGAUGCCUUAGUAACACAGACAGGAAGUAGCUCCCAGAGCAAAAAGAAAACAGUUAAGUACAUUAAGGAGAAGAUCAGUAGAGAUGAUCUUCCUGCAGAAAAAUCCAUCAAUCUGUUCCACUGUCUGAAUGAACUGGGUGAUGAUUCUCUCAUGGAGGAAAUCCAACGCUACCUGAAAUCUGGGAAACGAAGUGAACUCUCUCCUUCACAGUGGUCUGCUCUGGUGUUUGUGUUACUGACUUCAGCACAGGAGCUGGAGGAGUUUGAUCUGAGUAAAUAUACCAGGACAAAGAAGAUACCAGAUUGGGUUCUUGUGAAGGUGAUGCCUGUGAUUGCAGCAUCCAGGAAAGCCGUUAUCAGUUGUGAUAGAAUUGAAGGGAGCGGCGCUAAAGCUCUGGUCUCAGUGCUCAACUCAGAAACCUCCAGUCUGAGAGAACUGCAUCUGACUGUGAGGAAACUGAAUCUGACUGGGAAUAAACUAGAAGACUCAGGAGUGAAGCGUCUCUGCGCUGGACUGGAGAAUCCUCACUGUAACGUGGAGAGACUGUGGUUGGGGCAGUGUGGUGUCUCAGGUGAAGGCUGUGCUGCUCUGAGUUCAGCUCUGAGAUCAAACCCCUCACACCUGAGAGAACUGCAUCUGUCCUAUAAUAAUCUGGGAGACUCAGGAGUGAAGCGUGUCUCUGCUGUACUGGAGAAUCCUCACUGUAAACUGGAGACACUGGGGUUGGGGUGUUGUGGUGUCUCAGAUGAAGGCUGUGCUGCUCUCGCUUCAGCUCUGAGAUCAAACCCCUCACACCUGAGAGACCUGGAUCUGACUGGGAAUGAAAUCGGAGACUCAGGAAAGAAUCUGCUCUCUGCUCUUAAGGAUGAUGAACAUUACAAACUACAGACACUGUGGUUUCGAUGAACGUGUGUGUGUGUGAUGAAGACUCUCAUUUUCCUGCAGUUCCAUGUUGGAAAUGAGCACUUUAUUAGGAACAACUUGUGAGCUGCAUGAAACUGCUUACAGUACUCUGUGCAAUUUAUCAGUCAAAUCCAUUCCAAAGAAAUAAAAAUGCAGUGUUUUUAUUGUAUAAAACUGUUUGUGUAUUUAAUUUCUGCAACAGUCCAAUAAAUUUAUAUCUUGUAUCAGAA